AUGUCGGUCUCCAAUGAACAAUGUUUUAGUUUUGAAGAGGUAAGAUUACACAGUUUUCAAAUUUAUUUAAAAAUUAAUUUUAUAAAAAUUAUUUUAGGUUGAAAAAAUUCCAAUCAUUCGAGAAAGAGAAACCAAAGAACAAGAGAUCUACUAUCAAUUUCACUCAACUAUUCAAAGAUUUGUCGUAAGUCUAAUAAAUAUUAUAGCUAAAAAAUUAUAAUUUAUUGUAGAACCGCUCUCAAUACAGUCCAAUCCCAGAAUCAAAAGAUGCAGAUCUCAUUAAAAUUCACCGUCGAUAUAUCGUUCAUCUGAUUCGCAAAAUUUUUGUUCGAGUGGUAAGUAACGUUUUUUUCUUUGAAAAUUCCCGAUGUGAAGUCUAUUUUUUUCAGAACAAGAUUCGUCUCUUCAUUGUUGUCCCAGAAUAUUUUUACGCAGAGAUUGAAAAUCUCAUCGACGUUUUGAUUCGCGCCGAAAAAACUUUGAGCACAGAAUUGCUCUGCGAUUCAGACUAA